GUGAUCCAAGGCCUGGUCAUUGGGAGACUGAGCACCCAUUUCCCAGAGGAAGCCUUGCUGCGAUCCAGUGUGCUGGUCUUUGCUGUUGUGGGACUGGGCAUGGCGCUGAUGUCCAAUGUUCUGCACUUCUGCUUUCUGAUGCCCGGCCUGGUAUUCAGUUUCUGUGCCCUCAAUGUGGUCACCGACAGCAUGCUGACCAAGGCUGUGUCAGCUUCAGACACAGGGACCAUGCUGGGCCUCUCUGCCUCUGUGCAUCCACUGACUCGCACUGUAGGACCCACCCUGGGUGGCCUGUUGUACCGCAGCUAUGGUGUCGCCAUCUUUGGCCAGGUGCAGCUUAUGGUGAAUUUGCUUGUCCUAUUGGUCCUCUGGAGGAAGCCACUGUCCCAGAAGAAAGACAAAGCCCAGUGACCACACAGCCUGGUGACCUGGUCCAGUCAGGCAAUAAACUUCGGAGUCUCUUCCUCCUGA